AUGGGUCUUCAGUGUGAGGGAGAGAAGCUUAGUCUUUCUCACAAACACAACACAGAUAAAUGGUCAUACGGUAGAGGUAAAAUCGUUGAUGAGUCGAGAGAAGAUGCGCCUUCUUUUGUUGUUGAUCCCUCAUUCCAUUUGACUAAUUUGAGCAAUUUGCGCAAAUACAGAAAUGAGGACAGACAGAGAUAUCUCUACUAUACCCAACAAAAGUUAAUGAAGCCCACAGAAGCAGCAAACGUUGCCAACGUUAAUCCUGAGACUGGACGUAAAUGGAAAACUGCUUACAAUAAAGAUCCAGACAAGCAAACUCCAGUUAAAAAAACGAACCGUGCAUCAAACUGUCCAAAAAGUCAGUUAGGGGAAGAACACAAGACCUAUCUGACCAACUUUUACGACGAUAAUCCAACUGCUACAAUCCAAGAUGCUGUAGAAAAUUUGGUCAAAAGCUUUGAAGGAUUUACAAUCAAAAAAAUCCAAAGUUGUAGAGAUUAUGAAGGUAUAAUGCAAUCUUACUCUCAAGGUUGUCACACGCCACCCGAAAGCUAG